AUGUUCUCUUCUAAAGAGUUUCUUAAAAGUAAUUGGACAAAGAAGCCGAAUGGAGUGAAGGCAAAGGAGACAGUUCUUUACUCCAAAGUGUUUUGGGGACGCGUGAUGUUUUGUUUCACUACUACACUUCCGAUAGUUUAUGUCCUCGAUGAACUAGAUUCAGAUGUGAAGCCCACCAUGCCAUUUUUGUAUGAGACGAUAGAUAGUGCAAAAGAGAAGAUUGCAGAGUCUUGCGGUGGGAUAAAGAUGAGAUAUAUGCCUUAUUGGAAUUUGGUUGAUAAGAGAUGGUCCGGGAUGUUGUAUCGACCUACCCAUGAUGUUGCUUACUACCUUAAUCCCAAAUACUUUUAUGGGAAGAAUCUUAGCAAGCAUUUGAAGGUGAAGAAAGGACUUUACGAGUGCAUGGCUCGCAUGAUCCCGGACAUCAACAUGAGAGCACAGGCUGAUGUGGGGUUGGAUUCUUACAAGGAGGGGAUUGGAGAGUUUGGGUCUGAGUCAGCUCAGAGGACUAUUGCUUUUCGUAGUCCAACUUCUUGUUGGGAGAGAUUUGGUGAGGACACUCCCAAACUACAACGAUUUGUUGUUCGUGUUCUCUCCCUUACUACUAGUGGAUCCAGAUGUAAGCACAACUGGAGCAAGUUUGAGCAACUCCACUCAAAUAAGAGAUGUCGUCUAGAGAAGAAACGUCUUAACUCUCUUGUUUAUGUCAUGCACAACAUUAAAUUGAGAGAGAGAAAUAUGCGAAGGAAGGCGGGAAUGAUGAAUCCGAUUUCUUUGGAGGUAACUUCAGACAAUGAGUCGAUAGUAGAGGAUGAAGAACCUUGUUCUCAAGAUGAUCCGAAUUGGCCAGAUGGUGAUGAUGGAGAUAGGGAGUAUCUUGAUGUUGCUGCCAUUAAUAAUAUAGUACCCACAGUGCAAAAAGGAAAAGGAAAAGGAAUAGGAAUUGCCGCAAAAGUUGUAGGCAUUAAGGAUUAUGCCGAUCUGGAGGAUGCAAAUAUCGUUCUAGAAGAGGAUGAUUUAGUUGUUUUAGGAUAG